GAGUGCGCAUGCGCGAACACAAAUCCUCUUCCGGGCAAAAUGGCGAUGGGCCUGAUGUGCGGGCGCCGGGAGCUUCUGCACCUGCUACGGCUCCAGCGUCAGUUCCACAGCGUCGCAGGGCCCUCGCAAUGGCCCCGGAAACCGCUGACCGCGGGGCUCGUGUUCCCAGCCCAUCCGUGCUGCGGUCGCCUGCACUAUGUCCUUCUCGCAGCUCCCGGCCCCCGCUGCCUCAGUACCUCUGCCAUCUCGUUUGCAGAAGCCCAGGUUCAGGCCCCUCCUGUUCCUGCAGCUCCCUCACCCACAGCCGUACCUGAGGUGGCUUCUGGAGAGACUGCAGACGUAGUCCAAGCUGCUGCAGAACAGAGCUUCACUGAACUGGGGCUGGGAUCCUACACCCCAGUGGGACUGAUCCAGAACUUACUGGAAUUUAUGCAUGUUGACCUGGGCCUACCUUGGUGGGGGGCCAUUGCUGCAUGUACAGUCCUUGCCCGCUGCCUGGUUUUUCCUCUCAUUGUGAAGGGCCAGCGAGAGGCAGCCAAGAUCCACAACCACUUGCCAGAGAUCCAGAAGUUUUCCACUCGAAUCAGAGAGGCCAAGUUGGCAGGAGACCAUGCUGAGUUUUACAGGGCCUCCUCAGAGAUGACACUUUACCAGAAAAAGCAUGGUAUCAAACUCUUUAAACCUCUCAUUCUACCUCUGACUCAGGCCCCCAUCUUCAUCUCCUUCUUCAUUGCUUUGAGAGAGAUGGCCAACCUUCCUGUGCCCAGCCUGCAGACUGGGGGCCUCUGGUGGUUCCAGGAUCUCACAGUAUCUGAUCCCACCUACAUGUUACCACUGGUAGUCACUGCUACAAUGUGGGGUGUCCUUGAGCUAGGUGCUGAGACAGGUGUGCAAAGUUCUGACCUUCGGUGGAUGAGAAAUGUGAUCAGAGUGAUGCCCCUGGCAGUCUUGCCCAUAACCAUCCAUUUCCCCUCGGCAGUGUUUAUGUAUUGGCUCUCCUCCAAUAUGUUUUCCCUGUGCCAAGUGGCCUGCCUGCGGAUACCAGCUGUACGCACCAUACUUAAAAUCCCCCCGCGUGUUGUACAUGACCCUGACAAAUUAGUACCACAGGAAGGCUUCAUAAAGAGCUUCAAAAGAGGCUGGAAGAAUGCUGAAAUGACACAUAAGCUAAGAGAGCGUGAGCAACGCAUGCAGAAUCACUUGGAGCUUGCAGCCAGGGGCCCCUUACGACAGACCUUUGCUCACAACCCUCUGCUACAGCAUGGAAAGAAUCCCCCUCCCGACACCCCUAACAGGAACAGCGACAAACCAAAGUCAAAGCAGCCCUGGCGUGACACGCUUGGCUGAUUUAUAUUUCCUGCUCCUUAUGGCAAGAAGUCUGUCUCUUCAAAGACUCAUCCUGAAAACAAGACUUGACACUAUGGAACUGUGGCACACAGAGAUGUUCAUUUUAAGAAUGGAGUCCACAACACAGUCUUAAACCCACAUGUAUAAGAGAGCACUGGGGAGCCAACUGAUCUUCCCAUGCACAGAGUUAGUAAACCUGGGUAAACAUGCUGAUUCCUGAUACUUAUUAAACAGGGAAGUGGAUGUGUGCUUCAUAAAACUGAA